AUGCCGCCGGUGAUGAGGGUCUCCGAGGCGUCGCGCGAGGCAGGCGUGAAACGGGGAGAAUCCAGGGGGCUCGGGGAGGCCACGCGCGAGCCACGCGCCGCGGAGCCUGAGCGUGACUUCGGGGAGCAUUUUACCCCAAAACCAGCUUACGACGGUCAGCAGAAGAUGGGCUGGAGGACGUACUGGGGGCUCUGCCUCCUCAGUGGCUUGCUGCUCGUGCCCGCACUGCAAGGCGACGAGCAGGAAGGCUGCGCGAGCGGCUGGGUCCCCUUCGACGGGCGAUGCUUUGGCUUCUUCCCCCAGGAGCUGAGCUGGAGGAGAGCCGAGGGCUUCUGCCAGCGGCUGGGCGCCAGGACGCACCUGGCCUCCAUCCACAGCGAGGAGGAGCACCAGGCUAUCAUGAGCAUGCUGGCCUCCUCCCAGCCCUACAGCGAGAGCGAGGAGGAGGUGGCCGACGAGGAGGUCUGGAUCGGCCUCCAUCGUCCCCUGGGGAGGCGACACUGGGAAUGGUCGGACGGCACCAAGAUGGAUUACAGCUCCUGGUACAGGGAGGGCUUCCCGAGGCGGAGGGCCUGCGCGGCGCUGGAGGACAGCACGGACUUUGCCUCCUGGGACACGGAGCUCUGCAGCGAACGGAAGCCCUUCAUCUGCGAGUACCACGUCUAGGGCAGCCGCCGCCCAUGCCGCGGCCGCCCCGGGCCACCAGCCCUGUCUCCACCCCAUACAAAUCCU